CAAACUUUCAAGAUGGCAGCUUUCAAUACAAAAUAAAAAUAAAGAAUUUAGAAUUUUAAAUAACAUAAAAAGUUGAAUUAUAGAUAUAUAAUUCGAGAGAGAUGGACGACUUUGAAGAUGAUGAAGAAAAUAUGUGGGAAGGCAGGCACGAUGUGGGCGAUUCACCAGAUGAGGAUGACGAAGAUGAAGAAGAAAAAAUGGCUGCCCAACAGGAAUGUGUGGACCUGUUCUCCUCUAAGGAUUACAUCAUGGAGCCAGGAGUGUUCAGCACACUGAAAAGAUUUCUGCAAGCCGGUGGAUCUCCAGAGAAAGUUGUGGAGAUGUUGUCAGAUAACUACACAGCAGUAGCCCAGACUGUAAAUCUCCUGGCAGAGUGGCUCAUCCAAGCAGGUGUGGACAUUAAGAUAGUACAGGAGAUGGUAGAGAAUCACUUAAAGUCAAUGAUUAUGAAGCACUUUGACCCCAAAAAGGCUGACUCCAUUUUUACAGACGAAGGAGAGACACCAUCCUGGCUAGCUGAAAUGAUUGAGUUUCCCACCUGGAGAGAGCUGUUCUAUAAGCUGGCUGAGGAGUAUCCCGACUGUCUAAUGCUUAACUUUACUGUCAAGUUGAUAUCUGAUGCUGGUUACCAAGGGGAGAUAACCUCCGUCUCCACAGCUUGUCACCAAAUCGAGGUAUUCUCACGAGUUCUGAGAACCUCCAUCACAGGAAUGUUAGAGGGAGGAGAGGAAAUCAUUACUAAAAAUCUCCCAGAAUUUACAAAAAUGGUUUGUCACGGGGAGCACACUUACCUGUACAGUCAGGUCCUGAUGCACAUACUGGCUCAGGAGACGAAGGGGGGAUCCAAUAUCAGGAGACUGUGCCAGGAGCUACAGAAAAGUGCUCAAGCCAGGGAGAUGGAUGUUACCCCCAUUACCCUAGCCCUCAGUGGGGCAGCAGCCUACCCCCGUGCCUGUCAGGCACUCUCCUCCAUGCUGUCCAAGAAUGCCCUCAAUCCAGCAGACAUCACUAUUCUGUACAAGAUGUACAUGGAGAUGAACCCACCUCCUGUGGAUCUUAUCAGAGUUCCAGCAUUUUUAGAGCUACUGAUUGAUGCCCUGUUCAAGCCUUCAUCCAGAGUGAAUCCUGACCACAAACCCAAGUAUAUUUUUGUCCUGUCCUACGCAGCCAGUGUCACUGAGGUGUUCAAAAAGGGUCAAAGGAAGAGUAUAAACAAGGAUGAGCUUAAGCCCACAACUCAGGCCCUGGAGCGAGUGCAGUCAUUAUGUGCCGAGAACAAAAGUUCAUCGGAGCUCAUCUCAGACAUCAACACUCUCUUCCUCAACAUCAAAUUUCCUGUGAUUGCCUAUGGAGUGUUGAGAUGGGUGGAUUACACUGUGUCUGAUGCGAGCUAUUUCAAACUGAACACUGACCACACUCCAUUACACUUGGUUCUCAUUGAUGAAAUUGUUACAAACCAUGUUCUGCUUCACCAGCAAGCUUUAGAUCUUUUCAUCAGGGUGUUUGAAUCAUCCUUUGAGGACUUAGAGGUCCUCUUCAGGCUGGAGCUUAAAAAGUCAGUCCUUGAUCGGAUGGUGCAUCUGUUCAGCAGAGGCUUUGUUAUCCCUGUUGUGACUUACAUCAAAAACUGUCUGGACAAACAGGACACAGAUAUUUCACUCAUCAGACAUUUUGUUACUGAGGUUCUUGAUAUCAUCGCCCCUCCUUACACUCCAGAGUUUGGGCAGCUGUUUCUUCCCUUGAUCGAGUGUAAAGAUAUCACAGAUUCAAUACGAUCGGAUGAUGGAAGUGACCCUGUCUCAGAGUUUAUAUUGCAUUGCAAGGCAUGAGACUCCCAUCAGUGUCAUGAAGUCUGAUUUACAUUGAGUCUGGUAAACGACAGAACUUUCUCCUGGGCCCUUGCACCAGUUCCACUAAAGGGAACCCAUGACACACUGUCUGGAAUACAUAAACUUUCAUAGUUUGAAUGCUGAGUAAUAGAGCAUUCAAUGUGCAAGCCAUAAAGAUUCCCUGCCAAGGCAAUGUUGUGUACAUUCGGAAAGGAUUGGCUGAGCUGUUAGAUAUUCAUAUAUUGACUUGUUUUAAAUUGUGAAAUGUUCAAAUACAAUAUUAGUUACACAUACAUGUACAUAUGCUUAUGUGUAAUUUACGUGUAAUUGAAUUUAUGAUUAUUGCAUGGAAUAAAUGCAGCAAA